AGUAGCAACUGGAUCACAAGCAAGACUGAGCUUUGGGAUCCUCGACGAUCAUAGCGAUCGAAUCAGCGGCAUCGAUCGAACCUCGGAGACGCGUACGAACACGAGGUUGAGGCGAAGGGUUCUCAGAACCGAGGUCCUUGAUGGCAUCCUCAUAGACCGAACCUGGGAUCGAUCGGCACCCUUCGGACUACCCCGAACCACACCCUGCCGGAUAUCGCGAGCAGAUCGCUGUAUACAAGAGACAAGAGCUGAACGAUGUCGAGCCCCCGGGAGCCGACUUUAAGUCCGCUGUCCAAGUAUGAGCGGGAAGAGAGGAAUGCUACGGUCGCUAGAGAGGAUCUGGUUAAAGAAUACCGCAAGCUGAAAGCCCAAGCCAAAUCCCUCGACUCGCUACAAGAAGCCUAUUCAGGCCUCCUCGCCGAGAAAGAUCACCUAGAACGAGAAUGUACGGACCUCGUCGCUGCGGAAACGGAGAAUCAGGAAAAGAUCCGGGGGUUGGAAGAGAGAAUCGAGGGGAUGGAGAAGGGGUACGAAUCACUGGAAAAGAAACACCUGGAAGUGGAGAAGACGUUGUAUGCGGAAGAGCUGCUGGAAGAAUCACGGCAGGAGAACAGAGACCUGGACAAGGCUUUUGGGGAAGAGAGGCAGAGGCUUGAAGAUUUGCAGCAGGAGUAUGAGAAGGUGGUAGACGAGUUGGAAGAGUUGAGAGAGAGCAGGGAUAUCGACAUGUUGGAUACCGAACGGACUUCAAACUCGAAUUCCACCACCCGCUCGCAGCUCCUGCACCUUCAAAACCAAUACGACGCCCUCCUCCAAGCCCACAACACCACUCAAAAAGAGAGGAAAGAUGAUGCCCGAAGAUGGAUCGAGAUGAAGACCAAGAUGGAUGGAGAGAUGAGAAAGCUCAAAUCGGCGCUGAAGCGGGAGAAGGAGAAGAACGCGUUGCUCGUCGCCGCUGAUGGAACUGGGGACACGAAGAAGAAGCCGGUGGACGAGAACUCGGCAGACAGGAGCCGGACGGUCAAAGCUGUCGCGGCGGGGAAGAAAGAUAAUACUACAGGAACGGGAAGCACAAGGGCUCCCUUACGGUCGAUAUGUACCGGAUCGCAAGGGGUCGAAGAAGGACCUAAGCGGGAAGAAGCCAAUCCGGCUGGACGAGUGGAAUCGCAGGAUAGUCGUCAGCCAGUAGCUUCAACACGGGCCUCGGAUGCGCGACAAUCGGCCGUACGAUUUGAGACGGACCAGACUCGCAAGACAGCCUUACCGCUGCCAGACGUAUUCACCGAAAUGGACAAGCCGAGCGGACCGUCCGUUAUUCGCACUCGUCCCGAAGUUACGACAAAGAGGAUCAACCAGUCUUCUAGCUCAGGACCAGAGGAGCGGGAACAAACGAUAGCUGAUGAGGUGCUCGAUACCCCACCGGUCAGAAGGACGAGUAAGGUGGAAAGGAUCCAGGAGAUCCAGGAGGAUAUCGGCGGGAGCACAACCGAGGAGGAUGAGGAACCGCAUGAUGCAGUCAUGAGAGAUCGGCCUGAACCCAGCUUGCUGCGACUUGGGGAGAGGAGAUCACUUCAUGCACCAUCAGAGACCUUGCGUACCGGUAGCCGUCCGACCCGAGUGGAAGCGAAAUCGAAUACCCAAACGACUGGCCCGCAUACCCCUGUGAUCUCCAUCAACACGGCCCGAACGACCAAUAUCCACAUCUCGAAAACGACGCAUACCGCGGAAACACCAAACGCAGCUUCGUCCAGACCGCCCACCUCGAUUGCUAGAACCGGUUCUCGGGUUACUCGAACGCCCAGCGGGAUGCAAUGGCUAGGAGGAGAAAAGACCAAGUUGACACGCCGAGACUCUUUCGAGGACGAGGUCGGGACCAGUUCUCGAGUGAAACCACCUCAAGCUGAGGUCGUUCAUACCCUGCCUAGGGCUAUGCCGGUCAAGGCGUCAUUAGCGAUCUCGACGGCUAGUACCUCGAAAUUGCCGGCGAUGAAAAGGCUAGUUGGCCGACCAGAAGAUGGUCAGCAGACACCUACCAGAGCUUCGCAUGCUCCGUCACUCAAGAGGAAAGAUCUGCUACAGCUGGAAACACCGGCAGGGCCAUCAUCGGCAUUGACAGGCACGGCAGGUCGGUCUGAGAAGAGGCAAAAACUGACAGCGACUAGUUCGCGAAGACUCGAAGAUACAAAUCAGGAGGAGAUCUACGUCAUUAACCCGGACAGAAACCAGGGAAAAAACUAUACGUUCCAUAGUGUUCAGCGUAACAAGGAGCAGAGGCGAUGUAUGCACGGAGAAGCGUGUGAGGGCUGCGACAAUUGGUACGAAGCAACAAAAGACAUACAGCCUGAUGGGGGGAUUCAAUUUGGUCGAUAUUCGCCUACGCCCAGCCAAUUGAUAGAAGAGGAUCAAGAGGAACUCGCUCAGGCUCGAAAACAGAAGAUCAUGAACAAUGUCUCGCGGCACAAGGUCGAGCACGAGAAGAACCCGACACCUCCGGGCUACUGGUAAGUUCCUGUCACCCAUCGCUAUAUGGAUGUAUGCUGACUGUAUCCAUACCUAUACUCAGGGCUCCCGGCUUC